GACCAAAGCGGUCCAAAGGCGAAACUCUGAAAUUAGAUAUCAUCUUCUCCACUUCUCUUGCCUCGUGUGCUUCACAACAUAUUUGCGGCGUGCGGAUAGCUAAUACUAGUCAGCUCAUCAGGAGAAGAACAAUGGAGGGAGAGUCGGAGUGUCACCCCCUAUUGAGAGGAUGGAAGAAGGAGGUAAGGGGCUACAGCCAUGGACUGUCCUCAGCUCAGAUCCAGUCACUUGCUGCCAUCUGUGAGGCUGUCAUCCCUCCUCUGCCAUUGGACUCCAUGAGCAAGGAGUUGAGCAGUAAUGAGGCCGUUUGCUCCUUCUACAAUGCUUCUGGGUCUCAGCAUCCUAUUCCUGACGAGGUGGCAGAGCUAAUGGUGAAGAGAGGCCUACCAGCACCGGUGUUUAUAGUGAGGUUGAUGCUGAAGAUUCUCUCUUUUCGAAUUGGGACGCUAUUGCUCUGUGGGUUCCUCUGCUUGGACUGGAGAUGGCCAUUCGUGCAAAAGUUCUCGGAAAUUCCAUUGGAGCGGAGGGACGAAAUUCUGAGGAGAUGGUCGCGGCAAAGUAAAAUGAUCCACUUGAAAGUUUUGUUCGUGAUGGUUAAACUCUUCUGCUGCUUUGUUUUCUUCUCUUGGGUCGAUGAAAAUUGCAAGAAUCAGGCAUGGGAAGCAAUUGGGUAUCGUGGGGAUAGAAGGGAAAAGCUGCAAAAACCUGAGAAAGAGAGGCCCUUAGAGAAGGGAAUGGUAGAAGCUAUGCACAAAGACAAGUUAAGCCUUAUUCAAUCUCUAAUGGAGAAAGAUGUGAAGGUCACCGGAAUUCCUGGAGAGAGCACUCUCAAGAUCGAGUGUGAUGUCGUGAUCAUUGGUUCUGGAUGUGGAGGAGGGGUUGCAGCUGCAAUUCUUGCACAAUCAGGUCACAAAGUAAUCGUACUCGAGAAAGGGAACUACUUUGUUGCAAAAGACUAUUCCUCCCUCGAAGGCCCUUCUCUUGGUGAAUUGUACGAGUCUGGUGGGAUCCUAUCAACUCAGAACGGCAAAGUCAUGAUCCAGGCAGGGUCCACAGUCGGUGGGGGGUCAGCAGUGAACUGGUCAGCCGCUAUUAGAACUCCAAGCUCGGUUCUGAGGGAAUGGUCUAUGAACCACAAAAUUCCACUCUUUGAGAGCAGAGAUUAUUUAUCAGCAAUGGACGCUGUCUGCAAGAGAAUUGGGGUGACGGAGAAUUGCUCAGAGGAAGGGUUCCAGAAUCAAGUACUCCAGAGAGGGUGCGAGAAUCUUGGCCUAAAAGUCGAAAAGGUCCCAAGGAACUGCCCUGAGAACCACUAUUGUGGCUCAUGCUGCUAUGGGUGCAGAACAGGAGAGAAGCGUGGAGCUGACUCUACUUGGUUAGUUGAUGCUGUCGACCACGGUGCGGUGAUCUUAACAGGUUGUAAAGCUGAGAAGGUGUUGUUACAGAAUUGCAUUAGUGACGGAGGGAAGAAUGGGAAAAGAUGCUCCGGGGUGAUUGCUAGAGUCUGGAAUGACAACGAAAAAAUGUCCAUUAAGCUCCAGAUUGAGGCUAAGGCAACGAUAUCUGCUUGUGGAUCCCUCUUAACUCCUCCUCUGUUGAUCUCAAGCGGGUUGAAGAACCCGAACAUCGGUAGGAACCUUCACCUCCACCCGGUCCUAUUUGUUUGGGGGUACUUUCCUGAGAAUUCUACAAGCUUUAAAGGCAAGGCGUAUGAAGGGGGAAUUAUUACUUCGAUCCACAAGGUGGUCUCAGGCUCGGAGAAUGAUGCUGGAGCUGUCAGUGCCAUUAUAGAGACGCCUGCGCUUGGGCCUGCCUCCUUUGCGGCCCUCUUCCCCUGGACCUCGGGACCCGACAUGAAGGACAGGAUGAUGAAGUACUCGAGAAUAUGUAAUCUCUUCGCGCUUGUGAGGGACAAAAGCUCCGGAGAAGUGAAAGAGGAGAAGAAGAUUAAGUACUGGUUGAACCAGUCCGACAAGGAAAACCUCAGAACGGGUCUGAGGCAGGCGCUGAGGAUACUCAUUGCAGCGGGAGCCGAGGAGGUUGGGACUUAUCGGAGCGACGGGCAGAAAAUGAAGUGUAGAGGGACAAGUCAGAAAGAUGUAGAGGAAUUCCUGGAUUCAAUCACGCUUCACGGUGGGCUCGUGUCGAGGCAGGGGCCUUGCUCCCUAUACUUGUCUGCUCACCAGAUGGGGAGUUGCCGGAUGGGGGUCAACGAGGGGGACGGUGGUGUCAAUGUGAACGGUGAGAGUUGGGAGGCCAAGGGGCUGUUCGUGUGCGACGGAAGCGUGCUCCCAAGUGCCGUCGGUGUGAACCCAAUGGUCACGAUCCAAUCCACGGCUUACUGCAUCGCCAAGGGAAUCGCCGAGUCACUUAAGAAAGAAAAAUGUUCUUGGAUAGUUAGGUGACAGGGUUCCUAGUUGUAUGUGCUUUCGUGCUAUUAUUUUAACUUAUUGAUUGAAAUUAAUUAUGUAAAUCAUCGGAUGAAGUUAUAAAUAGCCAUUUCUUUCUCUAAAUAUGUAUUUACAAUCUUAUCAAUAUACUUUUAUUUAACUGAA